GACUCUUCCAUUUUUGCCUUGCUUUAAACCACCUGCAGUUGCUGCUUGAUCUUUGUUUUCUUCACCCAGAUCUACUGCCAACUGCACUCUCUUCUUUUGCUUGUCCAGAUCUGCUCCAUUCAGUGGUCCCCCCGGCAACUCUUCUUGCCCCACAGAUCUGCCUAGCUUGUGCCUUCCCUUGCCAAAAUCAUCCCCAUGGCUCAUGACCGAGAAGAGCAAACCAUGCCCACCGGAUCUGCUUCCAUGGCCGGUUCAAAGGCCACUCCUUGCUUGAGGUCACCUCCCCCAAAUUUAAUUGAAAUCUUUCAAAAUCGUAACCUUCAAGAUGAUAUAAACAGGGUACUCCAAAAACAGAAACCAUGCCAUUCAAGCCAAACUUUUGUUCCUCAUAGAAAAUCUCAGAUUUUGGGCCCUUAUUUUGUGUCUCAUCCGCUGUUCUGGCCCCUCCACAACUCACCAAAAAAUCUGAGGGGAAGAAUGUUGUAAAAGAGAAUGAGGACCUGGAAUCUGCCAUGGCCGCCCAGAUCAGCCAGCCAGAUCUGCCAGGGAGAGCUCCCAAACUUCAAGUCAAAAGGAAAUUUGUUGCUCCUGCAGAUUCCACAGAAGAGGAUACCCCCUCCAAACAGCGAAGAACAGGAGGUAAAUCCACUUUGGCUUGCAACUUUGUGACAUGUUUUCUGCUAACACUCACACUCUUUUUUUUUUUCUUAGGAAUUAAGAGGCCAGCAGUGAAACCUGCAGCCGCCAAAAAGCUCAUCAAAUCUGCCUCCCCAUCAGAAUCCACUUCUGCCAUGGAAACCCAGAUUCCUCCUAACAAAACAGAAGAUGUUUCUCCCAAGCUAGACCAAGUUGAAGAAAACAUUGCUGCAAGUGAUGAAGGUGAUUCUGCCACCAUCCCUACGAAAUCUGGCAACGGUUCUUCUCCAGCCACAAAGGUUAGGGGUUCUAGAUUUUCUUCACGCAUAGCAAACAAAAACUUUAGAACAGUUAGACCGAAUGAACUCAUCGAUCUAAGCCCAGACAAAGAGAAUACCCCUACACCUGUAGCUUCUCCUGCUAGGCAUGUUCAUGUUGAUGACUUUGAGAGUGUUGCUGUUGAUGUGCCCAUGAUUGAUGAUGAUUUGGAGAACGAACUCCUUGCCCAGCUGGAUAUGUUGAUGGAUGCUCCGGCUAAAUCUGGAUCUGCCACAGAUAGUAAAGGGAAGGCAGUUGCUGAGGAAGUGGAAUUUGACACCAACCUUCCUACUCAGGAGCAGAUUAGUUUUGCGAUCAUGACCUUGCAGGAGCUCCUUGGUGGUGAUCCUUCCCAUUUCUGCAAGGUGCCGGACCAGCCAGCCGCCUUUGAAGCGGCUCAAAUCCUUAGCCGAGCUCCACAGUUAUCAUCAUCUCAACAAAAAUUCUGGGCAGACUUCACCUCCAUUUAUACGCACUUCAGCAGAAAAUUCCGGGUGCUUGAAAGCAAAGUAGCGGCUGCAGAUUCUGUCAGGAAGUCUGUAGCGGAUAGCACUGCCGCUGUCUUGAAGAAGAAAGAAGAAUUCUUGGCAGCCAAGGAGGCUCAUGUCACGCAAGUUACCCAUGUCCAAGGGCUUAAAGAAAAAAAUCUCUAACCUUGAAGCCGAGCUUUCGGAGUUAAGAAACCAAGUCCCUCUUGCGGAGCAAUCUGAAAAGAGUUUGGCAGAACAGAGAAACAAACUCCGCAUGGACAUGGAAGUUGGAUUGAAAUCUACUGCCAAGAUCAAGGAGCAACUACCUUCUUUCACAGCCUCUGCAGAUGAAGCCGCCGAAGAGAUAAAGAACAUGAGAGAAGAAUGGAGUUCAUGGCAAAAUAACCUUAGUUGAUUUUUCUCUUAUGUAUCUUCUUGUCUC